AUGGAGUUUACCACCCGCUUUGGGCUGCAUUCCCAAGCAACCCGACUCCGGGAAGACCCGGGCCCGGCGCGCCGGGGGCCGCUACCGGCCUCACACCGUCCACGGGCUGGGCCUCGAUCAGAAGGACUUGGGCCCCCCACGAGCGGCGCCGGGGAGUGGGUCUUCCGUCGCGGUUCCAGAGGAGGGAGAGGAGCGUGCGUGCCGCGUGUGCGCCCGGCGCGAAGGCGGAGACGAGAGAGGAGAAGCGGGGCCCCUCCGGCUCGGGAGGGAGGGGACGGUGGCGACGACGGCAACGAGGCGGGGAACACGUGCCGGCAACCCGUUAGGAGAGGCGGACGGUCCGCCGCGCGCGCGGAGGAGAAGGAGGGGCGGCGGGGCGGGCGGCGGGCGCCCGCUCCCUACCUACCUCCCGCGACCCCCACACACGCGCGCGCACGGCCCGCCCGGCCGGGACAUCGGGGCCUGCGACGGGCCCGACCCUCGCGCGCCUCCACUCUCUUCUCCGCGGGCCUCACCCCGCCAGCCGCUCCGCCAAGGAGAGCUCGCAUCGGCAGCCGAGGGACACCGCGGCGUCCCGCGGGCCGGCGCCGGAGCGGGCGCCCCCGGGGUGCGGAAGGCGGAGGAGAGGGGAGCGGAGACGGAGGGCGGGAGACGCGGGAUCGGGACCGCGACGCCCGCGGCCGCGGCGCGAGCCCGGCCAAACCUCGCGGGCGCGUGCGGCGCGAAGACGCUCCCAGACGGAGCGGCGGACGGACCGCGUCGCGGGGAGGAACGGGAUCGAGGGAAGGUACGCCAGCGUCCCGCAAGAGCCCCGGGACCAACGCACUGUCCCGUGAGGGCGGACGUCCGCGUCCUCUCCCGAACGACACACGCUCACACACCGAGACGGGCGCCACACGCCCCUCCAGGCCACCCCCGCUCGCACCUCUUCUCUCUCCGGCCCUACGCGCACCGGGCGGCGGCGGCGUCGUCGACGAAGGCGGCGGCCGCGGGUGCGGCGGCCACGGCGACCGCGGACCCCCGUCACCGAGACCCGCCCCCAAACACACACGGGAGUCUCUUCCCCACGUGGAUCCCAGCCGACCGGCCCGCGGGGGCACGACCCAGGGCCGGACGCGUCCCCCACCCCCAGCAUCCCUCGACGCCUGGACCUCACAGAGUUCCCCACCGGGCACGGCCACGGGAACGGAGGAGGCGCGGGGAAUAGGAGGCGGGGAGCGCCGACGAGGGCGGCUCGCGAGCGGGAACGGAGGAGCAGGGGGGGAAGAGGACCGACCCGAGGGAAGGGGGCGGGCGGGCGAGCGAGGGACCCACCGGGGCGCGACCGCCGCGCGUCCGCCACCGACGACGACGCCCGCACACCUGACAGCGGCACAGUCCCCUCUCCUCCCGCCGCCCCCGGAGAGGCGGCGGGGGAACGGAGAAGGGCUUCGCCUCUGGCCGGCCAGCGAGACAAGGAAAAAAAACACAAAGCUAGGAGAGCGGGUCGGGACGGGAAAGCAGAGACCGACAGACACGGGGCUCGCGACCGACGACGCACCGGCGAACCGGGCACGCGGAGACGAGCCCCACGGGCGCCCAAGAGGGGGCUCCCGAACCCCGACCGCGGCGGCACGCCUCGGGAACGGCCACCCGCCGCGUGAGGAACGGGAGUCCGUGGGAGCCGCCGGACGUCGACGGCUCCCGACGGGCCCCUCCGCCCCCCCGACCCCGGGGACGGAGGAGGCGACCCCCCCGGGGGUCUUUAAACCUACGCGCCGGGACGCGGUAGCUAGGUACCCGGACAGGGGUCGGGGGCGGAAGACGCGGAAGGGGGACCGCCGCCGCGACGACGCACCCGGUCGCGCCCCCUCGCACGACACCGGCUCCGUCCGGCACGCGCGCCCGGGAGCCACGGCGAGAGGGCGGCGGGACGCCGACGCGGGGCGCUCCCCUUCCCCCAGCGGGGGACGGGACGCGCACCACACCCCAGAAAGGAAACGGAACGGAAGAGCCGGACGGGAAAGAGGGGACACACCCGCGGGCCGCUGCGGUGCGGUGAGGCAAGCAGCGGGAGUGGACGGAGGAGAGCGAGAGCGGGAAGAGAGCCGCCGUCCGCCGUGA